AUGGAGGGUAAACAGAUUCACAAAAAACAUCCACAUGGACUUGAUGUGUUCUUACCUCACCUACCUGAAAAACACAAAGGGCACAAAGCAGCCUCCCUGCAGUGUGAUAGGACUAAACUCCCUCCGGUGAGGAGGUAUCCUGUGUUAGAGCAGAAGGGGCUUUACUCGGAGCUCAUUACAACAUCAGCCAAAUCCCAUCCCCAGGGACCAGUGACCCAACAAAGUUUACUCUGCCAAUCCGGAUAUGUGUCAAACAUCCCAAAAGUAACAACUUUCAAAACUCCUCCAAACCUGUACAGUAUAGUGGAGCAAGACAGGCAUGGCCCAUCUACGCAGCUCAUGCAGGAGAGUGACUUUCCCUCAGGGGGUUAUACUGCUAAAGUCCAGCUGCCUUACAGCUGCCUCCCUCAGCAGCUGCCCCGCAAGGUUGAGAUUGAGAGGCGAAGAAGAGAUUACUUAAGGUUGGACAUUAAUCAGCUCCUUGCUGAACAUGGCAUUGACUCCAACCUCCUGAUGCCACAACAGCUGAGCAAUGAGGAGCAUGUAACUAACCCAGAAAACCCAUGUCCUCCUGUUUCAAACUACCUGCCUUUAGAGAUAUUUGACAACGUAGAGUUUGAUUGUCGAACACCAGAAGACUGGCUGUCUUUGGGCUAUGAACAUGGCUCCACAGACCAAAAACCUGUUCCUGCCAAAGCUCUGUUGCCAACCAAUGAUAGCAUCCCAUCUAAAGAUCCAAAGAGUUCAUCUCUGGAGUACUCCUGGCAAUCUGUUGGAGUUCUAGAGUACAACCAGGAGAAGGAUCUUUACUUGGUUCAUAAGGCCGAUCAUAACGGCCAAGUCAGGGAUACUAAGGGCAGACCCAUUUUGAAUGGAGGUCAGAGAGUGGGUCAGUACUGGGUGCCCAGGAUAAGGCUGCUUUUCUGUGCAGAGGAUCCACGCCUCUUUGCUCAGCGGAUUCUGUUUGCGGUGCGCUGGCGAGAAAGCACAGAGAAUCUGCUGCUCUACCACCUGUCCAUCGACUGCAUGCCCAAAUGGAGUGGGACGCCACCUCUGUGCUCCGAGAGCCUUACUUGCAUUAAAAAACACGCCCUUUCCACACCAGGACUCCGUCUGAAGAGCUUACAGGAGCAUGUAGGAAGGCUUGAGACGGAGAUUCAUUUGGAAUAUGAUCGCACCAUGAACCAGAUUUGCUUUGACAAAGUGGUGAUGGCUAAUCCAGAGGACUUCCCUCACAUCAUUCUCCCUCAAAAAGAGCCAGAGCACGUCCCUGAGAGAGGCUAUGUUUCAGUUCCUGAUUACCCCUUUGAGAAGAACCGGGCUGCGUUUGCCUUCAACUCUCUUCUCACAAAGGCAGAGGUGAUCAUUGCCCUGUCUAAAGUGUCUAAAGAGUGUAACAAGGUUGCAGCAAUGAACCUGUACCAUGUAACAUUCACUAAGGCAGUACGCCUGGAGGAGUUUGAGCUUACGCAGUCACAGACACAUGCACAGGUGCAGUUGUUUUUACGAGACUCAUGGGUGACCACCAUGUGCAACAGCAUCCGCUCCAGUCUGCGUGAUAUAGGCCCUGGCUGGUACAGCCUGACAGAGUCACGCUGGGAGGUGUACCGCAUGUCCAAACUGUGCCACUUGAUGAGUGUGGUGCGCUACAGGCUACAGGACUCCCUCCGUUUCCUGGUGCAGGACUCUCUAGUUAGCUUUGCUCAGCUGCUGUUGGAUGUCUGCCAAGGUGUCAUCCACUGCUCAGAAGACCUUACUUGGGGCUCUGACCUCAUCAACAGCCCAUAUAAACCACGAAAGAACCCAUUGUUCUUGUUGGACCUUGUUUUAGACCAGACUGGUGUUCAUUACAGCACACCACUGGAAAACUUUGAGACUUCCAUCAUAAAUUUACUUGAUAAGGGGAUUCUGUCCACACAUAAUGUGCCUCAGUUGGAAAAGUUUGUGAUGAAGAACAUGUUCUUUAGUGGCACUCCUCUGCUGGGGUCUGUGGAUCUGUGGGAGCCAGCAGUGAAAGAAUUAAGGGAGAAAGUGCGAGCAGCCUUACACCAGGCUACUGUACCACUCAGAGCUUACGCUCGCGAGUAUGAGCGUCAUUUGGAGCUGCACAACUGUGACAUUGAGACUUUUCUCAAGACCUACAGUCAGGAGGAACAGACUCCUCAGGAGGUGAGGAAUGAGGUGCUGCAUCACCUGAAGGAGAAAGAGUGUCUGGACCAGUCACUCCCUGCCUCCAUCAUCAUUGGGCCCUUUCUGGUCAUUGUGGAGACGGUGCGUAAGAGCCUGUCCAAAAAACGCCGUGGUCUGGCUGAUGCUGUGCUUGAUCGUCUGGCCCUAAGGUUACGUAAACAAGUGGAGGAUGCUUGUGAAAAUUUUAAAGCCAUCAGCAGGAAGCUGUAUGAAAAGCCUAACAGUAUUGAGGAACUGACAGAGCAGAGGGAGUGGAUGAAACAGAUCCCUGAUCAACUCAAAACCAAUGAGGAGAUCUUACUCAAAGCCAUGUCUGACUAUGAACUUAUUGAUGAAUUCUUCUAUAGUCUCUCCAAUGAGGACUUCAAUAGGAAAUGGACAGCUAUGGCCUGGCCUCACAAGAUAGUGUCUCAGAUGGAGGCAGUGAGUGAGCAGCAUGAGGAAGAUGAGAAGCGUUUCCAUAAGAUUCAGCUGGUGGACCAGAACAACUUCCUGGAACGUCUGGAGUCCCUGCAGAUGGUGGUCGCUGGCUUCGCUGGUUACACAGACGUUAGCCGAGCUCAUGAGGUGGCAAAUGAAGUGCGCCGUGUGGCCAAGCAACUGAAAGAGUCACAGGACAUGGCUCAAGUGUACAACAACCGGGAACGUCUCUUUGGCAUCCCUGUCACUAAUUAUGAAUUCCUGCAGAAGCUGAGCAGAGACUUCCAACCGUUCAGAGACCUCUGGACCACCACAUCAGACUGGAUGAGAUGGCAUGAGAGUUGGCUGAAUGACCCAUUGACCAUCAUAGACCCAGAGCAGCUGGAGCGCAAUGUCACUGAUGCCUUCAAGACCUUGCAUAAGUGUGUCAAACAGUUCAAGGACAUUCCUGCCUGUCAGGAGGUAGCCUGUGAAGUCCGGAGAAAAAUCGAGGACUUCAGUCCAUUCAUUCCUCUCAUUCAGGGUUUGAGAAACCCAGGUAUGAGGAGUCGUCACUGGCAGCUGCUGUCUGACCGCAUCCACAUUAACGUGAUGCCCAAGGCCAACUUGACCUUCUCCCGCUGUCUGGAGAUGGGCCUGCAGAACCAUGUGGAAGAGAUUGCCCGUGUCGCUGAGGUGGCAGGGAAGGAAUAUGCCAUUGAGCAGGCUCUGGAUAAGAUGGCGCAUGAGUGGUCGAUGGUAUUAUUUGAAGUGCUACCCUAUAAGGACACAGGCACAUACAUCCUGAAGAGUCCAGAUGAAGCCUCACAGCUGCUGGAUGACCACAUCGUCAUGACCCAAAGCAUGUCCUUCUCACCGUACAAGAAGCCAUUUGAGGACCGCAUCACCACCUGGGAGGGCAAACUAAGAAUGACCCAGGAUGUUCUAGAGGAGUGGCUGACCUGCCAACGCUCUUGGCUCUACCUGGAGCCCAUUUUCAGCUCUGAUGACAUCAACCAUCAGCUACCACUGGAGAGCAAAAGGUAUCAAACCAUGGAGCACAAGUGGAGAAAAAUCAUGAAGAAUGCACAUGACAAUAAACAGGUGAUUGAUCUAUGUCCAGACCCGCGUCUGCUGGACAAUCUAAGAGACUGUAAUAAACUAUUGGAGUUGGUACAGAAGGGCCUGAGCGAAUAUCUUGAGACUAAACGUGGCUCCUUCCCCAGAUUCUACUUUCUAUCAGACGAUGAACUCCUUGAGAUUUUGUCCCAGACUAAGGACCCAACAGCCGUGCAGCCCCAUUUGCGCAAGUGUUUCGAGAACAUUGCCCGGCUGCGGUUCCAAUCUGAUCUUCAGAUUACACACAUGUACUCUGGAGAGGGUGAGGAGGUCCAGCUCCUCCUCCCUGUGUGUCCCUCUGGUAAUGUGGAGGACUGGCUACGGGAAGUGGAGAAGUCAAUGAAAGGCAGUUUGAGGGACAACAUUGAACGAUCCUUGCAAGUGUACCCACAGCAACCACGCACAGAGUGGGUUUUAUCCUGGCCAGGACAAGUGGUGAUUGCUGGCUGUCAGACAUUCUGGACCACUGAGGUUUCUGAAGCUUUGGAGAAAGGAGACCUUGCUGAGCGGCUCUACCCUCAGCUUCAGACACAGCUGGGUGACCUGGUACAGCUGGUGAGAGGUCAUCUAUCUAAGAUGCAAAGGGCUGUGCUCUCAGCUCUAAUUGUCAUUGAGGUCCAUGCCAAAGAUGUGGCAGCCAAGCUGGUGGACGAGGGCGUAUCCAGCAUCAAUGACUUUGAGUGGAUCAGCCAGCUCAGGUAUUACUGGGUGAAAGGUGACUUGUAUAUCAGAGCAGUGAAUGCAGAGUUCCUGUAUGGCUAUGAGUACCUAGGCAACUCAGGACGGUUGGUCAUCACCCCACUGACUGACAGAUGCUACCUAACCCUCACUGGUGCACUGCAUUUGAAAUUUGGAGGAGCCCCUGCCGGGCCUGCUGGAACAGGAAAAACAGAAACCACUAAAGACCUUGGCAAAGCCCUGGCCAUACAAACUGUGGUUUUCAACUGCUCAGACCAACUGGACUUCAUUGCCAUGGGAAAGUUCCUCAAGGGUCUAGCCAGCUCUGGGGCAUGGGCUUGUUUUGAUGAGUUCAACCGCAUUGAUGUUGAAGUGCUGUCAGUGGUUGCCCAACAAAUUACUACUAUCCAAAAAGCCCAACAGCAAAGAGUGGAGAGAUUUGUAUUUGAGGGAGCGGAUAUCCCUCUUGUUCCCUCUUGUGCAGUUUUCAUCACCAUGAACCCUGGUUAUGCUGGUCGUACUGAACUACCAGACAAUUUAAAGGCACUGUUUCGUCCUGUUGCCAUGAUGGUCCCAGACUAUGCCAUGAUAGCAGAGAUCUCUCUCUAUUCCUUUGGCUUCAGUGAUGCCAAAGUCCUAUCCAAGAAGAUCACCAGCACUUUUAAACUCUCCUCAGAGCAGCUUAGCUCCCAGGAUCACUAUGACUUUGGUAUGAGAGCUGUUAAGACUGUAAUAUCUGCUGCCGGAAACCUGAAGAGGGAGAAUCCUGAUAUGAAUGAGGAGCUGAUCUGUCUGCGAGCCAUUCGAGAUGUCAACGUACCCAAAUUCCUACAGGACGAUCUGAAGCUCUUCAAUGGGAUUGUGUCAGACCUCUUUCCACAGAUUCGUGAGGAACCCAUCAACUAUGGCACACUGGAGGAGUCGAUUCGCAAAGUCUGUGCGAAGAAGAACUUGAAAGACGUGGAUGGUUACAUUACCAAGUGUAUUCAGUUAUACGAGACUACUGUGGUGAGGCAUGGCCUGAUGCUAGUGGGACCAUCUGGCUCUGGCAAGACCAAGUGUUAUGAGAUAUUAGGGGCAGCUAUUACCGCUCUGCAAGGCCAACCCUCGGUCAGUGGUGGAGUGUAUGAAGCUGUGCAGAUCUAUGUUCUCAACCCAAAGUCAAUCACCAUGGGACAGCUAUAUGGAGAGUUUGACCUUCUGACACACGAGUGGACAGAUGGUAUCCUGUCCUCUCUGAUCCGUGGUGGAGCCGCUUCUAUGGAUGAAGAAAAGAAGUGGUACAUGUUUGAUGGGCCCGUGGAUGCAGUGUGGAUUGAGAAUAUGAACACAGUGCUGGACGACAAUAAGAAGCUAUGUCUGAGCUCUGGAGAAAUCAUCAAACUCACAGAUGUAAUGACGAUGAUGUUUGAAGUACAGGACCUAGCAGUAGCCUCCCCUGCCACUGUGUCACGUUGUGGGAUGGUGUAUUUGGAGCCCAGUAUCCUUGGACUGACCCCCUUUUCUGAGUGCUGGCUACGUACCAUCCCAGCUGCCCUGCAGCCCUAUAAGGAGGAACUGAAAUCCCUCUUCACCAGGUUCCUCCAGGACUCCAUUACAUUUGUGCGUGAGUCAGUAAAAGAAGUGAUUGCCUCCAUGGACAGUAACCUCACCUGCAGUCUGCUCAAACUGCUCAACUGCUUUUUCCAGCCCUUCAUAUCCAAAGAGGGGCAGAGGCCACCCCCACAGGAGAAGCUUUCAUGCCUGAAAGAGCUCAUAGAGCCUUGGUUCAUCUUCUCUCUCAUAUGGAGUGUUGGAGCCACGGGGGACGCCCCCAGCUGCCAACGCUUUAGUGCCUGGCUCAGAGCCAAAAUGGCACAAGAAAAGAUUCGGUUGUGUUUCCCAGAGGAAGGACUUGUUUAUGACUAUAGGCUAGAUGAUGCAGGGAUCAGUAACUUGGAGGAGGAUGAGGAGGAUAGCAAAGAGAGGAAGGUUCGCUGGGUCAGUUGGAUGGAAUAUGCCCAGGAUGUGAUCAUCACUCCUGAGACCAGCUAUUCUGACAUCAUCGUGCCCACUGCAGACACAGUGCGCAUGUCCUUCCUAAUGGAUAUGCUGUUGUCCAAUAAGGAGCCUGUGUUGUGUAUUGGACCCACUGGCACAGGGAAAACUCUCACUAUGUCUGACAAGCUGCUUAAGAAUAUGCCUGCUGAGUACAUCACCCAUUUCCUCAUGUUCUCCGCCCGCACCUCUGCCAACCAAACGCAAGAUUACAUCGACAGUAAACUGGACAAGAGACGUAAGGGUGUGUUUGGACCUCCUCUGGGAAAGUACUUCAUCUUUUUCAUUGAUGACUUGAACAUGCCCAUGCUGGAGACAUAUGGAGCCCAGCCACCUAUAGAACUGCUCCGCCAGUGGAUGGACCACAGUGGCUGGUAUGACAGGAAGCAGAUAGGCAUGUUCAAACACCUUGUGGACAUUAACUUUGCUUGUGCAAUGGGACCUCCAGGAGGGGGCAGAAACCCUAUUACCCCGCGCUUCACUCGCCAUUUUAACUACCUUUCCUUCACUGAGAUGGAAGAUGCCAGCAAGAAGAAGAUAUUCUCCACCAUCCUCGGCAACUGGAUGGAAAAGAUUCCAGAAAUUCAGCCUUUUAAUGAACCGCUAGUGGACGCCACCAUCAAAGUGUACUCCACCAUUACCUCUGGCCUGUUGCCCACUCCAGCCAAGUCCCACUACACCUUCAAUCUACGCGACCUCUCUAAGGUCUUCCAAGGCAUCCUGAUGGCAAGCGCUGACAAAAUAGAGGAUAAGGUGCAACUGCUCCAACUGUGGUACCAUGAGUGCUGCCGGGUGUUUCAGGACCGGUUAGUGAGCGCUGAGGACAGGGAGUGGUUUGACAAGCUCCUGCAAGCCCGUAUUGAGGAGUUUGGCUGCAGUUUCAAGGAAGUUGUGCCCUUCCAGCCCAUCCUCUUUGGGGAUUUUAUGGUCCCUGGUACUGAAAACAAGACAUACCAACUCAUUGAGGAUAGAGAGAAGCUGGCCAGAACCAUGGAGGAGUAUAUGGAUGACUAUAACCAGAUAAGUACCACUAAAAUGAAACUAGUGCUCUUCAUGGAUGCCAUCCAGCAUGUGUGUCGCAUCAGUCGCAUCCUGCGCCAGCCGCUUGGCAAUGCCCUGCUGCUGGGAGUGGGCGGCAGUGGACGCCAGUCCCUCACCAAACUGGCCACACACAUGUCAGACUAUGAGUGCUUCCAGAUUGAGCUAUCAAAAAACUAUGGGCAUGCAGAGUGGAGAGAGGACAUCAAGAGCAUUAUGAUGAAAGCUGGAUUACAAAAUGUUCAGAUCACCUUCCUGUUCGUGGAUACACAGAUCAAGAGUGAAUCAUUCCUGGAGGAUAUAAACAGCAUCCUGAAUUCAGGGGAUGUGCCCAACCUUUAUGCAGUGGAUGAGCAGGAGCGUAUCCUGACAGCCAUGAAGCCUGUAGUGCAGGAUCUGGGCCAACAGCCCACUAAAGCUAAUCUCAUGGCUGCUUACAUCAAAAGGGUCCGCAGUAACAUCCACACAGUGCUCUGUAUGAGCCCGAUAGGUGAAGUGUUUCGAGCUCGUCUCAGACAGUUCCCCUCUCUGGUGACCUGUUGCACUAUCGACUGGUUCAGUGCCUGGCCAAAGGAAGCGUUGCAGUCUGUGGCUGCUUCCUUCCUCAGUGAAUUGCCAGAACUGGAGGCCAACCCAGCAACAAUGAAAGGCCUGACUCUGAUGUGUGUGGAGAUCCACCAGAUGGUGGCCAGAAAGUGUGAACAGUACCUGGCUGAGCUCUCACGCUACAACUAUGUCACUCCUAAGAGCUACCUUGAACUGCUCAGCAUAUUCUCAGCCCUGAUUGGUCGCAAGAAACAGGAGCUGCACAGUGCCCGACUGCGCAUGAAAACUGGUCUUGACAAGCUGUUGAGCACGGCAGAGGAUGUGAGUAAGAUGCAGGAGGAGCUAGAGAUGAUGAGGCCUCUGUUGGAAGAAGCAGCUAAAGACACUGAGGUCACCAUGGAGAAGAUCAAGGAAGAUACUGUGGUUGCAGAAGAGACCAGAGUGGCAGUGCAAGCAGAGGAAGCUAAAGCCUCAGAGAAGGCUCGUGUGGCCCAGGCCAUUGCAGACGAUGCUCAGAAAGACCUGGACGAGGCUCUGCCUGCUUUGGACGCUGCCCUUACCAGCCUCAAGUCACUCAACAAGAACGACGUUAUUGAGGUUAGAGCCAUGCAGAGACCCCCUCAAGGAGUGAAGCUAGUGAUAGAGGCAGUGUGUAUCAUGAAAGGUAUCAAGCCUAAGAAAGUGGCAGGAGAAAAGCCAGGCACUAAAGUAGACGACUACUGGGAGCCUGGAAAGGGGCUUCUGCAGGACCCUGGCAAGUUUCUGGAAGGCCUGUUCAAGUUCGAUAAGGACAAUAUCCCAGACUCUGUGAUAAAACUGGUGCAGCCCUACAUUGAUAAUGAAGAGUUCCAGCCAGCCUCUAUUGCUAAAGUGUCAAAGGCCUGUACCUCAAUCUGCCAGUGGGUGCGAGCCAUGCAUGUGUAUCAUUUUGUGGCCAGGGCUGUGGAGCCUAAGCGGCAAGCCCUGCAGGAGGCGCAGGAGGACUUGGCUGUGACCCAGCAGAUCCUAGAUGAAGCCAAAGAUAAACUGGCGGCUGUAGAGGAGGGCAUUGCCACGCUUCAAGCCAAAUACCAUGACUGCCUGGCCAAAAGGGACGAGCUAGACAGCAAAUGCCAGCUGUGUGAGAACAGGCUGAUUAGAGCUGACAAGCUGAUUGGAGGGCUGGCUGAUGAAAAGGUACGCUGGGGAGAGACAGUACAACACCUGGAUUUCAUGGUGGAAAAUGUAGCUGGAGAUGUAUUGUUGUCUGCAGGAUAUGUGGCCUACUUAGGCCCCUUCACUGGAGAGUAUCGGGCCUCCAUGGCAGAAGAGUGGUUGCGUGAAUUUAAGAAACUCGGUGUUCCUCACACUGAUGAACCCAGUCUGAUAAGCACGCUGGGUGACAAAAUCAAGAUACGUUCAUGGCAGAUCUCAGGACUGCCAAAGGACAAUCUUUCUGUAGAAAACGGAGUGAUUGCCCAGUACUCUCAGCGCUGGUCUCUGUUCAUAGAUCCACAAGGACAGGCCAACAAAUGGAUUAAGAAUAUGGAGCGUGACAACGGAUUAGAUGUGAUGAAGUUGAGCGACCGGGACUUUUUGCGCAGUCUGGAAAAUGCCAUCCGUUUUGGAAAGCCAUGUCUGCUUGAAAAUGUUGGGGAGGAAUUAGACCCAGCUCUUGAUCCGGUUCUGCUGCGACAGACCUAUAAACAACAGGGCAGUGUGGUGCUGAAGCUGGGGGAUGCUGUCAUCCCUUACCAUGAUGAUUUCAAGAUGUACAUCACUACUAAACUGCCCAAUCCACACUACUCUCCUGAGAUCUCUACCAAAGUUACCCUCAUCAACUUUACUCUGUCGCCCAGUGGGCUUGAAGACCAACUUCUGGGUAGAGUGGUGGCAGAGGAACGUCCUGAUCUGGAGGACGCCAAGAACCAGCUGAUCGUGAGCAACGCACGCAUGAAACAGGAGCUGAAAGAGAUUGAGGAUCAGAUCUUGUUCCGCCUCAGUUCCUCAGAGGGGAACCCUGUGGAUGAUGAGGAACUGAUCCGUGUGCUUGAGGCGUCCAAAGUCAAAGCUGGAGAGAUCCAGGCCAAAGUGGCAGUGGCAGAGGAGACAGAGAGGGACAUUGACGCUACUCGUCUGGAGUAUGUACCCGUGGCUGUACGCACUCAGAUCCUCUUCUUCUGUGUGUCGGAUCUCUCCAACGUAGACCCCAUGUACCAGUACUCUCUGGAGUGGUUCUUAGGCAUCUUUAUGGCAGGCAUCUCUUACUCUGAAAGAGCAGACACUGUGGAGCAGCGGAUAAUCAACAUCAAUGAGUAUUUCACGUUCAGUCUUUACAGCAAUGUCUGUCGCAGUUUGUUUGAGAAACACAAGCUCAUGUUUGCCUUUCUCCUGUGUGCUCGCAUCAUGAUGAAUGAAAACAAAAUUGAUUUGACUGAAUGGCAGUACAUGUUGUCAGGGGGUAUGCCCCAAGAAGAGCUGCCCAACCCUGCAGUGGGCUGGCUUUCAGACCGGGCCUGGCAAGACAUUCUGGCCCUCAGUGGCCUUCCGACCUUUUCCAACUUAACACAUAGCUUCUCCACGUGCCCUGAGAGCUUCAAGAAGAUCUUCGACAGCAGCCAGCCUCACAGGGAACCUCUCCCAGGUGAAUGGAACACCAAACUGGACUCGUUUCAGAAGUUGCUGAUUCUGCGGUGUUUGCGAACAGACUGCCUCACACUUGGCCUGCAAGAUUUUGUGGCUGCACAGCUUGGCCAGCGCUUCGUUGAACCCCAGACAUCAGAUCUGUCUGUGGUGUUUAAGGAGUCCUCUCCGUCCACACCCCUUAUCUUUGUGCUGUCUCCUGGCACUGACCCUGCAGCUGACCUCUAUAAGUUUGCUGACGUCAUGAAGUUCUCCAAGAAAAUGAGUGCCAUCUCUCUGGGCCAGGGCCAGGGGCCUUGGGCUGAAGCAAUGAUGCACACAGCCAUGGAGAGGGGAAAAUGGGUCUUCUUCCAGAACUGUCAUUUGGCACCCAGUUGGAUGCCUUCUUUGGAGAGGCUCAUCGAGAACAUUGACCCCGACAAGGUUCAUCGGGAUUUCCGCCUCUGGCUUACCAGUCUGCCCAGUAAUAAAUUCCCCGUGUCUAUCCUACAAAACGGCUCUAAAAUGACGAUUGAGCCGCCCCGUGGCAUCAAGGCCAACUUGCUGAAGACCUAUAUGAGCCUCGCUGAUGAUUUUUUGAAUUCGUGCUCUAAGACAGCAGAGUUUAAGUCUCUCCUCCUGUCUCUGUGCCUCUUUCAUGGAAAUGCCAUUGAGCGAAGGAAGUUUGGUCCACUGGGAUUCAACAUUCCUUAUGAGUUCACAGAUGGAGACCUGCGCAUCUGCAUUAGCCAGUUGAAAAUGUUCCUGGAUGAGUACCAGGACAUCCCCUACAAGGUGCUAAAGUACACUGCAGGCGAGAUCAACUAUGGAGGUCGUGUUACAGAUGACUGGGACCGCCGCUGUAUCUUAAACGUAUUGGAGGACUUCUACUGCCCUGCUGUGUUGAGCCCUGAACACAUGUACUCUGCUUCUGGAGAGUAUCGCCAGAUUAGCACUGACCUGGAUGUCAAGGACUAUCUGAAAUACAUCCGUGGUCUGCCCAUAAAUGACACACCAGAGAUCUUUGGUCUUCAUGACAAUGCCAACAUUAGUUUUGCCCAGAAUGAGACUUUUGCCCUGUUGGGGGCUGUAGUAAAACUGCAGCCCAGGGCAGCAGCCACUGGAGGAAAGGCCAGGGAAGAGAUUGUGGAGGAAAUAGUGGUAGGAAUUGUUGAGAAGAUCCCAGGACCCAUCAGUGUACAACAAGUGAUGACCAAGUAUCCAGUAAUGUAUGAGGAGUCAAUGAAUACAGUGCUGAUCCAGGAGGUCAUUAGAUAUAAUAAGUUACUUGAAGUCAUAUCCAAAAGCCUCAGUGAUCUGGUCAAGGCUUUGAAAGGGUUGGUGGUGAUGUCAUCGGAACUGGAACUCAUGGCCAACAGUCUGUUCAUAAAUGCUGUUCCAGAAAUUUGGAAAUCCAAGGCCUAUCCCUCACUGAAACCCUUGGCCUCCUGGGUGUCAGACCUUCUUCAAAGGAUCAACUUUCUACAGGGAUGGAUUUCUGAUGGCAUCCCAGCAGUCUUCUGGAUCAGUGGCUUUUUCUUCCCACAAGCUUUCCUCACUGGAACCCUGCAGAACUUUGCUCGCUGCUCUGUGGUCUCCAUUGACACUAUUGGAUUUGACUUUAAGGUGAUGAAGGAAUCAGUUGCGGAGCUGAAACACCGGCCUAAAAUAGGCUGCUUCAUCCACGGUCUGUUUCUUGAGGGAGCACGCUGGGACUCCCUUGCUGGCCAGCUCACUGAGUCACGGCCUAAGGAAUUGUACACAGAAAUGGCUGUUAUCUGGAUGGUGCCUGUUCCUAACCGAAAGCCUCCACCAUCUGGGGUCUACGUCUGUCCCAUCUACAAGACUUUAACCCGUGCUGGAACUCUCUCCACCACAGGACACUCCACAAACUAUGUGAUUGCAGUAGAGCUGCCAACAAACCGUCCACAGAGACACUGGAUCAAGCAGGGUGUGGCACUAAUUUGUGCUCUGGACUACUAG